AUGGUGAACAAUAGACGAGGUGAACAAGAAGACUUUCUGAAAAGUCAAGAACCUUUCAGACACAAUGCCUUCAAGAUCAUCACUAAAAUGCUGGAUUGGUGUAAUAUGACUGAAGGAAGUAAAAAGUUUGUGGAUGAGAUACUUCACAGCAUCUUCUUUCUGGGAAAAAUCAACAAGCCUCAGUUUCUCCCAGAAAUGAUUUUUGCUGAUGAUAAGCAGAUCUUGGAGAACUUGAAGGAGAGAUACCCUAAGCCUUUUGAGCUCUAUUCCACUCAGCUACCCAGGAGGAGUCCAUUCUCCUGUGUUCUAGACAUGAUUGUCCUGCAGAAAGGGCAAAAGAAUGAAAAUCAAAUAUUACAGAGUCUGAGAGAUCUCCUCAAUGAACUGAAAUCAAGGUUUCUGGUCUCCUCCACCAUCUGUGUCUCUCAGAAGUCCAACAUCCCAAAUUCAGACAGAUACUUGCAUGUCCACUUCUGGACGGAAAGCAGGACAGAUGAGAAAGCGGAGUGGGCCUAUGGCAACUGUGCUGAAGCUGAGAGUGUGAGCAACUUGCUCAAAAAUGAGAAAGAUGUUAAAGAGAAUGCACAACCAACAUGCACAGAUGAGAACAGGCAGAAAGCUAAAGAACGUGUUGACAUCUGUAUAAACCUGAGAUCCCAUUAA